AUGUCAAAACAAGGAAAAAGAAAAAUUACUGUCGAAUUACCGAAAUCGACAGAUCUAGCUAACAGACCUAGUGUGUUUGAGCGUCUCGGUACUAAGAAGUCCAACGCUAAAAAAACAACUGAACACUGUAGACAGUGGGCUCAAAACGGGAGUUGUGCUUACGGUAAAAGUUGUAAAUUUGCAUCAACUCAUACGCUUAUAAGUCCUUCGAAGCAAAGGGCCGCUAAUAAAGACAUUGAACAGAAGCACAGUGGAAGCGUGCUGGGCCCAUAA